AUGGCGCCAUCUCUCCUUCGCCUUGCUCCGCGAUCCACGCCUACGGCCUCCAACCACCCUGCCCGAUCCCACGCGCCUUCUCGCGCGGUGCGUGGCGGAAGUUCCACGUCAGCGUCGCGCGCGUGGCUGCGGCGCUCCAUCCCCGCGUCGUGCGUCGCGCUGUUCCUCCUGCUGCUGACGGCGUCGCUGCUGCGCGCUCGAAUUCGCCGCCGUUCGCCAGAAGUCGGCGGAUGUGCGGGCACGAGAGACGGGGAGUGCAGUGGGGUUGGUGGGAGCAGCGAGGCGGAGCGGCCGCUGAGGGUGUAUGUGGUGCUGCUGCCGGCGCCGUACAACGUCGACCUCAUACCGCUCGCGCAGGUGACUCAUGCCCCUCGUGACUCCCCUGGCUUUAACGCCUCCCAUGCCGGCGGCAGCAGCGACCCUGCCGCCCUCCCACCGCACCUGCUGCCGUUCCUCGGCACCCCGGACCUGCCGGACCUGCCGGACCUCCCCUUGCCGCUCUCACCAUCGCCUCCAGCAGCAGCAGCAGAGGCAGGGGAGGAGCGAGCAGCGCUGCCAGAGUCAGGAGGGCCGGUACCCCCCUCUCCCUCCUUUCAGGUACCCCCCUCACUGCACUCACACUUGCUCUCAUUCUCUCUCCUCGUCUCCUCUCACUUAAAUCUCUCUCAUCUCCUCCCCCCGCCCACCCAUCCCUCAUUCUCUCCUCUCCGUGCUGCCCUGCUCUCCACUGUGUCUCUUCCCCGCGUCCGUGAUGCCUCCCUGGGGCUGCCAGGCUCGCCGGCAGUGCAGCGCGUGCAGCGGGUGGAGGAGGCAGAAGUCGUCUUCCUGCCCUACUGGUCCACGCUCUCCUUGCCCCCCACUCUCUCUCCCCUCCGUGCUGCCCUGCCCUCCACGGUGCCCCUUCCUAUGCCUGUGGCAUCUCCCUCCACUCCGCCAGGCACACGGGCAGUGCAGCGCGUGCAGCGAGUGGAGGACGCGGAGGUGCUCUUCCUGCCCUACUGGUCCACACUCGCCUUCCGCACCAACGCCAGUGAGAUCCUGGACCCCAUCAUCGCCCGCUUCGCCCGCCGCCACGCCGCCACAGCCACCACAGCCGCUAGCAUCCCAGCCAAUACGACCCACGACAGUAGCGGCAGCAGUGAAAGCAGCAGCAGCAUAGGCAGCAGAGGCAGUGGGAGUGGGGGUGGGCGCAUGCCCCCCCUGGUGGUGCCAUGUGUGUACCCGCUGGCCAUGUUCAACCACUCGCUGCCCCUCGCUGCUGCCAUCAAGCUCGCUGUCGACCUCGACCUGCACUGGGCUCAGGCAGCAUCGUUCGAUCGUGAUGUGGUAGUGCCGUACGUGCCACUGGUGGCGCCAUUCACUCACGACCGUGGCUCCUGGUCCCACCGCCCCCUGCUGCUCUUCUUCCAAGGCACCACCGACCGCUGGGGGGGCGGCAUCAUUCGGCAGCAAGUGCAGAGGGAGCUGCAGGGGCAGCCCGGGGUGCAGUUCACAGUGGGGCGCGCGGAGAACAGCAGCAUGACGGCUCAGGCCGGCACUUCCAUGCGCCGCGCCAAGUACUGCCUCGUGCCGCGAGGUGACACCUCCUCCAGCUGUCGUCUGUUUGACGCCAUGCUCUCCGGGUGCAUCCCCGUCAUAAUCAGCGAUGCACUCGACCCGCCCUUUGAGGACGCCAUCGACUUCACCGCCUUCUCGCUGCUCCUCCCUGCCGCCCUCGCCGUGCGCCCGGGGUACAUUCUAAGGAUGCUGCACAGGCAGACAGAGGCCGUGUGGCGCCAGCAGUGGAAGGCCAUGCGGAAGGUGGCGCAUCACUUCAUCUACUCCUUCCCGCCACGACCCGGCGGUGCUGAGGACAUGGUGUGGCGGGCAGUGGCGCGGCGGGUGAGGGGGCAGUUCUCCCCGCGCUACCGCAACAGGCGGGGCCGCAUUCUGCUAGCUCUGCUGGCACAGGCGGGGCUCAACGCCUCCCAUCUCCAACAACCCUUGCCCAACCGCCCCCCUGUAACAUUUGAUGUAACAAUCGACACUGAAACAAACUAA